AUGAAUUCGGAUAAUAACCAAUUGACACAGUACCUAAUUGCCGCAUUUGAUAAUGAAACGAUGGAAGUGAAUCCGUAUGAAGAAAUCUGGUCUUUACGUAUUUUGGCUUUGCAGAUUUCCUUACAAAAUCCGUUUUCCUUUUUUGGUAUUGAUGAGUUUGAGGGCAAACCGGACGACAACCAUUUCUUUUCUGGCGAAAUGUCCAAUCCACGGCUACGCUUGGAGCAUCCCUUGGUGGGCUUUUGGUUAAUUUGCUCCAAGUUGUUUGAUUAUCCUUGGAUUAAUGAGUUUCUCUUGGAGUAUUACGACGACCCGCCAUCCGCAAUUGUCGACGCAAUCAAACAAACAAGAAGUGGCAAGUCUAUCAACAAUGCUCCAAAUCGGGAAUCAUUGAAGGAACCGGAUCCGCCUCGUAUCCAAAAAAUAUACGAUCCGAUGUACUCUAUUGACGAACCGGGCACGGAUGUUCAUCGCGAAUCCACCAGCUCCAAAGGGGACCAGGUGCAAAACCCAAAUCGCUUUGCACCUCUACAAAGUGAUGAUGACUCGUUUGAAGGCAAUGGAAUUCAGGAAUUCGACGAGGUUGAAGUGGUGGCGGUGAAAAAGAAUGCCUCCAAGGCGCCUGAGUUGUCGGAUGAAGAUGAAGACACAUAA